UCACAAAUCACACACACUCUCUCUCUGUCUCUCCUUAAACAAGAAGGCUGAUCAAUAACGAAUACGAAUUUUAGGCAUGGAUGCGGAGAAGGAGAAGCAGAAGAUGAGGAGAGGGUGGAAGUUGUGGCUCACUCUUGUGUUCAUUGCCACUCUAGUCAUGGCCGCUUCUUACAUCACUCUCCGGAAGGAAUUCCGGUCCUUGAACCUUUUCAAUCAUUCCCCGCAACGCCCGGAUCAGCUCGUUGCAAAGUAUGCCGGAGCUCUCAGCAUCGCCCAGCUCUUCUUCGAUGUCCAGAAAUCUGGAAAGCUGGAUAAGAGUAGGAUUAGUUGGAGAGGAGACUCGGGCUUAGAAGAUGGGAAAGAGGAGAAGUUAGACAUGAGCAAAGGACUCUACGAUGCCGGCGACAACGUCAAGUUCGGGCUACCGAUGGCCUUCACUGCGACGAUGCUAUCCUGGGCGAUUCUCGAGUACAAGGACCAAAUCAAACAAGCUAAGGAGAUGAACCACGCCGUGGAUUCACUGAAAUGGAUCACCGACUAUCUCAUCAACGCCCAUCCCUCUCCCAACCUCCUCUACGUCCAGGUCGGAGACCCUGAUUCCGACCACAAAUGCUGGCAGAGACCGGAGGCCGCCGCGCCACCCAGGCCCCUCACGCAGGUGAACUCCUCCCACCCUGGCUCUGACGUCGCCGCCGAGACAGCCGCAGCCAUGGCCUCUGCAUCGCUGGUGUUCCGGUCGAAGGACUCGGCUUACUCGAGAUUGCUUCUGAAGCACGCUCGACAGUUGUUUGUGUUUGCGGAUACCUACAGAGGAUGUUACAGUGAUAGUAUUCCGCAAGUGCGGGACUACUACAACUCGAGCGGCUACGGUGACGAGCUCCUCUGGGCGGCUGCCUGGCUCUACCACGCCACUGGCGAUACUGCGUAUCUCCGAUACACUACCGUACAAGGGAACUACUUCGCUAACUGGGGAGCGAAGACGUGGUUUAGCUGGGACAACAAACUCGCCGGAACUCAGGUGUUGCUGUCUCGAGUGAGCUUUUUCGACUCGAGAACCAUCAGAGGCGAAGAGAGUAUCGCGCUGCAGCUUUACAGAAGAACCGCCGAGCUCGUGGUGUGUGGGCUUCUCCCGAAUUCAUCAUCAGCUUUUCAGAGAACAGAAGGUGGGCUUAUAUGGGUGGAUGAGUGGAAUCCUCUUCAGUACGCGGUAGGGUCGGCAUUUCUAGCGCUGGUUUACAGCGACUACAUGGUGGCGACUGAGACAAGAAACAUAUACUGCGAGGGGGAGCUAUACGAGCCACAACACGUACGCAGCUUUGCCACUAUGCAGGCGGAUUAUGUGUUGGGAGGCAAUCCAAUGAGGACGAGCUACCUGGUGGGGUAUGGAAGCAAGUACCCUGAGUAUGUGCAUCAUAGGGGUGCUUCGAUCCCAAGGGAUGCCACCACGGGUUGCAGUGACGGAUUCAAGUGGCUCAACUCAACCGCGCCCAAUCCUAAUGUAGCGGUUGGAGCGCUUGUAGGAGGGCCAUUUCUCAAUGAUACAUACAUCGACUCUAGGAACAACACACGGCAGAUGGAGCCAACCAUCUACAAUACAGCACUCUUGGUUGGUCUCCUAUCCGGCCUCACCACCACUUCACCACUACUUCGUUCCUUCUUAUAGA